AUCUUUUUUCUUCCCUAUAGGCCAUGUGUUUAUACAGCGGGGUCUCCAAUAAACAACAGGGCCCUUUUUCCAUGCCAAGAACCGCCUGUUGCCAUGUCAACAUGGCAAGCUACAGUCCGAGCAGAUGCAUGCUUUGUUGUUUUAAUGAGUGGUGAAAAUGUAGCGGAACCAACAGAAUCUGAAGAAGGUGUAUUAAAUUGGUUUUAUUAUGUGACCAUGCCAAUGCCAGCAUCUACAUUCACUAUUGCUGCAGGAUGCUGGGCAGAAGUUAAAAGAAAAACUUGCCCAACUGAUGUUCAGAGGAAUGAUGGGCUCUUUCCACUGUUGUCAAAGGCGGAUGUCAGGUUGUUAGAACAGAAUUGUGGUCAUCUGCCUUAUCCUUGCCGCUUCCAAGAUCCUGCUGCCACUUCUCAGGUGGUCAUUCCUCAUCGUGUCUUUGCUCCUCAGUGCCUUAAGAAAUCCUGCGAAGAGGUUCUACUGCAACUGAUUCCUCAGUGUCUCUCAGCUGCUUAUGAUCUCCUGGGUACCCAUCCCUUUUCUAGGCUUGAUGUCUUGAUUGUUCCACCCAACUUUUCCAGUCUUGGAAUGGCCAGCCCACACAUCAUCUUCAUGUCACAGAGCACAUUAUCUGGAGGGAGCCAUCUCUGUGGAACACGCCUGUGCCAUGAAAUUGCUCAUGCCUGGUUUGGCUUGGCUAUUGGUGCACGUGACUGGACUGAAGAGUGGCUAAGUGAAGGAUUUGCCACUCACCUAGAAGAUGCAUUUUGGUCAGCCGCACAACAGCUGUCAGCUGAUGAAGCGAAAGAGCAGCAAGAUCUGAAAGCUGUACUGCGCUGGCAACGCCUUAGAGAUGAGGUGCAGAACUCUGAAGGAGAUCUGCAAGUGUUAAGGCCCAAGAAAGAGAACACUGGCAAAGCAAGUGAAUCUGGAGCAUCUGUAAUCAAACAUGGCCUGAAUGCAGAAAAAGUGUUCAUGCAGGUUCAUUACCUGAAGGGUUAUUUCCUUCUGCGGUCUUUUGCUGGGAAGGCUGGAGAAGCUGCAUAUUUCGCCUUUUUAAAGAACUUUGUGCGGGCUUUUCAUGGACAGCUGAUACUCUCUCAGGACUUUCUUCAUUUAUUACUGAGGGACAUCCCACAGCUAAAACGGUAUGGCCUGUCAGUUGAAAACAUUUUCCAGAAGUGGCUUGACUGCACAGGAAUCCCAAAGCCUUUGCUGGAAGAGAGUCAGGCUUGGCAGGAUUGUCGGCUAGCCCAGCAAGUGAACGAAGAGGUUGCAAAAUGGAUUCAAGUAAAUCAGAGAGCCAGAAAAAGCAGCAAAAGGAAAAGGCGAUGCGAAGAAGUUGGUUUCCAAAAGCUUUCCCCAGACCAGCUGGUCUUACUUCUGGAGUGCCUCUUGGAAAAGAAGACAUUAUGUUCAAAAAUGCUGGAGUGCUUACAGAAAACUUACCACCUCCGUGAGCAGGAUGCAGAGGUUCGACAUCGAUGGUGUGAGCUUGUUAUCAAACAUAAAUACACAGCAGGGUAUGUUGAUGUUGAGAAAUUCCUCAAGGAAGACCAGGCAAUGGGUGUCUACCUAUAUGGAGAGUUAAUGGUGAAUGAGGAUGCAAAACAACAAGAAAUUGCACGUAAAAGUUUUGCCACAACCCGUGACCAAAUGGAUGCGUCCUCCGCUAAAGUAGUGGCAGAGAUGUUGUUUUGAUGAGGUGGUUUUUCUUUCCCAGAUAGUUCAUUUCUCAGGGGAAGAAAAUAGUUUAUGAAUGAGAAAGAUCAGAGACUUUUAAUGUAUCUUCUAGCAAAGGCUGGUGGUACUAAGAUUUCAUUGACCUUGGACAUCAAAGGAACAAUUUAUGUGACUGCUAAAACAAUCAGCUGACAAACAUUUUACCCCAUUUUCUUUGCCAGAGGGUAAUGGCAACGAAGCAGGAAAAAACUCCAACAUCCCCUCACUUCUGUAAGUGUCUGUGGCGCCAUCUUAUUAUCUGCCAGAAGACACUUUAUUGUAAUAUUUAUCAUGAGGUAUUAUGCAAACCAGGCCAGAAAAUCACCGGAGACAGAUUUAUUUAAAUAGGUAUUUUGUACUACUUUUGCAUUUAGCAAACUGAUAAUUAAAAUCUGCUGCAAAAUUUAAAGUUGGUUUGGAGCAAACAAGUAAUUACUAAUCUAAAUUGUUAAUAUUGAGAUUGUGGACAUUUUUAUCAUGUUUAGCACAGCUACAGGGGAAAAUAACUAGAUGCAAAAUGGACUCUUGGGGGAUGUUUAAUCUGAAGAAAACUGAAGUGACAAAGAUGUCUGUCUUUCUCAAGGUCUUUUUUUAAUGGGUAACUUAUUGCCACAAUAUUGUGAGCACACCAUUAAAACUCUUAACCAUGAAAUAGUGACAAGCUGGUCACAUCACUUUGCUAUGAAUGAAGCUAAUCAUGUUACUUAUUAAUCACAGUAGUUGUGGAAGUCCUUUCUUGUAAAAUAAUGGCAAUAAGCUUUAUAAAUAAACAAUUUUGUAAAUCA